GUAUUUCAUCUCAUCAAGAAAAUACCAAGUGGCAAACCCCUAUCAACACAUCUGGCAACACUUCAGACGCACUUUUUGAAUUCAAAAAAGGCAACACCCGAUCCAAACCAUACUCACGAACAAGCAAAUCACUCACGCGCUCCCAGGCAAAAAAAAUCAAACGCACUCAUACAACAGAAAUGGAAAUUUCCUCUGAUAACAAUGA